AGUGACGUCCAUCUCCAUGGUAACUGUGUGCAGCCUGUUGCUCCUCCACUCAGAGGAAAACCACACAGCAGCAGCAGCAGCAGCAGCAGCAGCCUUAUCUGUCCGCCGCAGGGGCUGAUGGGAGGUUUGAGGAGCUGUUAGAAACCACGUGGCCCUCGUCUGAUCUCACAGCUCGUCCUUGUUUGGCCUCAGCUGCAUCAGAGCGCCACUUCUCCCCAGGUUCACCAGAGGAAACACCACUGCACAAAAUGCUUUUCCUCCCAGCUGCUGCUCUGUGCUGUCUGUGUUCAGCGCUGGUUGCCAUGGCAGCAGACCUGAUUCAGGAUGAUUUAACAUUGACCAGGAUAGCUGGUGAAACAGUCUCCUUCAGCUGUGGAGGAACUGACCAGUGUAAUGAUAAUUAUGUAUACUGGUACCAGAAGAAAGACAAAGAAACAUUCAGAAGGAUUCUUUAUAUUAACAAGAACACUGGUGUCAUAGGUGGAAGUUACAAUCAUCCUCAGAAAGAUGAUUUCUCACCUGUAAAUAAAGGGAAGGGCUGUGAGGUGAAGAUCCAGACAGUUAAACUCUCACAUUCAGCCACCUACUACUGCUCGUGUUGGAAAGAUGUGUUUUUCACUGUGAACGUCAUGAUCUUUGGCUCUGGAACUAAACUGUAUGUAGAUGAGCAGGUAGUGAAGCCUGUGGUGAGCUUGUACCCAGCAGCCCACCUGGAGGGGAAGAGCUCCCUGCUGUGUCUGGCCUCAGCCAUGUCUCCUCCUGUGGUCCAGUUCUACUGGAAAAGACAGAAGAAGAACGGUCCGCUGGAGGAUCUGCCCCCUGCUGAGGGAGAGCAGCUGGAGCUCAGAGAGCCGGGACGCACCGCCUCCAUCCUGCUGCUCCAUCAGCAAGAGAACAGCACAGAUAAAUACUGCUGCUACGUCAAGCACGAGGGGGGAACAGUGAGGGACCAAACAGAACAAGAUGUUUCUACUCUUCCUCCACCAACACCAGCUCCACCAGCAUCUCCAACACCAGCUCCAUCAGCAGAUCCAUCAGCAGAUCCACCAGCAGCUCCACCAGCAGCUCUUGUCCCGUCUCAGUACCAGGUGAAGCUGCUCUGUGUGCUGUACACAGUGCUGAUAGUGAAGAGUCUGGUGUACUGCUGUGGACUCUCUCUGCUGAUGAUCAUCAGAAACAAGGGACCGUCCACCAAUUGCACACAUGCUGACUGACUGUUUUCUGCUCGCCUUUUCUCACCAUCACAUCUCAUCAAUUCAUCUCAUUUAUCACUUUGAUCAGUGUUCACAAAUGUCACUUAUGACGUGUUGUGCUUGGUUGUAAAUUUUACGGUUAAGACACAGUUGUCUUAAAACUAUAAAUACACACACAUACACAUAAAUACAGUAUAUUUACAGUUACUAAGUAUAAAUUCUGUAGAAUAUUAAUAUCUUGAUGCUCUAUUUUAAUUCCACUUUUAAUCAUGACUUGUAUAAUAGUGUAAAAUGUAGUUGAAUCAUUAGUUACCUGGUAGAUAUUUAAGUGCUUACAGUAUUUUUUCUUUCUUGUGUAUUUUCUUUUUAAUACAUUAUACAGAGGGUGGCAGGUUUGUCAAAGUCAUUCAGAGAAACAUUCUCAAUAAACUGAAACAUCACAGUUUCUGUCUUUUAUAAUCAUCCAUGUUUUCAUUGAUCUCAGUUUGGCUUCAAAUAAUCUAAAUAAUCAGACACAGAAUCCACUAAAUUGACCAAGUUUAUUGAUACCUACAAUUAAUUUCACUCUUGUUGUGAGUAGAUCUCAGUAAACUUUCACAUAGUGCUAAAAACAAAUGUACAGGAAGAUACAAAGAAAAGUUUACAGAUAUUUAAUUUUUAUUUUUUAUGAUAAUCAAGGUGGAAUAUGUGAGAAAAUUAACUUGGUUCACAUCAACAUAUGUGUAUGUGUAUAUGUGCACUUGUAUUUUUGCUGAAAAAGAAACAUUUCUUUGCUCUAUUCAUAAAUACAUCUGAUGUUUAUGUUAUUUUGUAAAUAUAUAUCAUAUAUUAAAAAAUUAAAAUUCUACUAAAGACCAAUCAGC